AUGUCUUCCGCUAGACCCCUCUACAGGCUCGCCGCCAGCGCCAGCCGGCAGGCUCGUCCUUUGCAGCGACAAACUAGAUCUCUCUUUAGCCCGGCAGCACCUUCAAGAACGUUGCAGCCCCUCGCUUCCCGGCGCAUCCAGUGGCCCUCAUCGCGCAGCUUCUCGGUCUCCGCAUUCAAGUCCCAUGGCCACAUCACCCCUCCCAAGCCGGGUGAAGAGCUCUGGGUGACUUUUAUCGACAAGGACGGCGACGAGCACAAGAUUGCUGUCAGCGCAGGAGACAACCUCCUUGAUAUUGCUCAAGAUAAUGACUUGGAGAUGGAAGGUGCCUGUGGAGGCUCUUGCGCCUGUUCGACCUGUCACGUUAUUGUAGUCGACGAGGAACACUACGACAAGAUGCCCGAGCCUGAAGACGAUGAGAACGACAUGCUGGAUCUGGCGUUCGGUCUGACUGAGACCAGUAGGCUGGGCUGCCAGGUCACCAUGACCAAGGAGCUUGACGGUCUCAGAGUCAAGUUGCCGUCGAUGACCCGUAACCUCCAGGCCAGCGACUUCUCAUAG